AAUUUUUCUCAUAACCUAACUUUCGUAUUACUUACUAUUUGAUGUAUUUUUAAAUCUUGAUGUAAAAAAUUAUUUAAAUAAUGGAAAAUAAAUUAAAACGGUACGAGAAAAUUGCAUUUUUAGGAGAAGGUCAGUUUGCAACAGUAUUUAAAGCUAGAGAUGUUGAGACUGAAAAUAUAGUAGCAGUAAAAAAGAUAAAAUUAGGAAGCAGAGUAGAAGCUCAAGAUGGAAUUAAUAGAACAGCUUUAAGGGAAAUAAAGUUAUUGCAGGAAUUACACCAUGAAAAUCUUAUUGGACUAUUAGAUGUGUUUGGCCAUAUGUCUAAUGUUUCUUUAGUAUUUGAUUUUAUGGAUACUGAUCUUGAAGUAGUCAUUAAGGACAACACAAUUAUACUCACGACAGCAAAUAUAAAGUCAUAUACUCUCCAAACAUUAAAAGGACUUGAAUAUUUGCAUUUAAAUUGGAUAUUACAUCGUGAUUUGAAACCUAACAAUUUAUUAGUGAAUGAUAAAGGUGUGUUAAAAAUUGGUGAUUUUGGUUUGGCAAAAAUGUUUGGUUCACCAAACAGGGUAAACACCCAUCAGGUUGUUACAAGAUGGUAUAGAGCACCAGAGUUAUUAUUUGGGGCUAAGCAAUAUGGAACUUGUAUUGAUAUUUGGGCUGUCGGUUGCAUUCUCGCAGAACUUCUGUUAAGAGUACCUUUAUUUCCCGGAGAAUCAGAUCUAGACCAACUUACAAAGAUUUUUGAUGUUUUUGGCAAUCCAACAGAAGAAAAUUGGCCAGGAAUUAAAACUCUGUCUGAUUUUAUUGAUUUUAAACCUUUGCCUGCUAUUCCUUUAAAAUCAAUUUUUACUGCAGCAGGAGAUGACUUAUUAGAACUUAUUUCCAGUAUGUUAGUUUUAAAUCCAAUGGCUAGAAAAACUUGCAGAGAAUGUUUGAAAAUGCCAUUCUUUAGUAACAAGCCUGCUCCUACAAUAGGUUCUAAAUUACCAUUACCUCAAAAUAUUAGAAAAGUAGCUGAUAUUGAAAGACAAUCAUUAAAAAGGAAAUUGCUUGAUGCUGCAGAAGGUGGAUCAUUGUCAAAAAGGUUAUUUAUUUAGUUAGGACAAUAAAAAUUGAUAAACAUUUA